AUGCUUCAAAUUUUUUUCCUGCAAAAGGAGCUUACCUCCCGCCUCAGUCUUCAGGAGCCCUGCGCACAACGGUCCAAUCGCCUGCAGCUGCGGGAGAAUAAGGUGCUUGAUACUUUCCUCUUUUUAAUGUCUUCUCCGCAUGAUGUUCCCGCAGCUCUCCCUUUGGGAGCAUUGUUGCCGGGAUCAUCUGAAGGUGGGAACCUCGCCGGGUCCUCCUCAAGCAUCUCAAGGCCCCUUGUUUCUCCCGCGUACCGGCCGGCGCUGCUCUUCUCGGCUACGACGAACGCCGACACAACGCGCCCCAGUUUGCUGAAGAGUUCUUUGGGCGAUCGGCGUAGUGAUGAGGCUGUUUCUCUGGCUUCGCACUCGACCGUUUCAUCGGCGCCUUCUGCCGCUUUGGAGCUGUCUGCAGGUUCACCAGCCUUCACUGGAGACCUGAAGAGUCAGCUGCUGUCUCUGUCGCAUCCGCUCCUCAGCUGUCUCCCUCUUGAACACACCAUUGUGGCUGACAGACGCCGUGCGUUCCACAAGACACAGCUCUGCAGGCAUCUUGCCUCAGGAUACUGCCGCAACGGACUGAACUGCCCCUUCGCGCACUCCGAAGAAGAAUUGCGGCCUCCGCCUCACCUCUCCAAGACAAUGAUGUGCCCUGCAAUAAAAGCAGGCGAGAUAUGCCCAAGAAUUCUGGAGGGGGGCAGCUGUACGUUUGCUCAUAGUCGGCAGGAGUUGCGCCGAACUGCCAACCACUACAAGACAAACAUGUGUCGUUCGUGGCUGUCGGGUAAUUGUCUCAAAAAUGAAAGGUGCACCCAUGCACACGGCGAGGUGGAGCUUCUUCUGUAUCGCCACCGGGCUCUGCAGCUGGGCCGCCGCGACUUCUUCGACGAGAGAGAGGCAGCAAGGACAGGAAAUUUGUCGACUUGGAGCGGUAGACAGACUCCCAGGUGUCUCAUCAACUCCGCAGGCACAGGCGAGAGGGCGCGUGGAGGGCUGAUGAACGUGCAUAACAAACAGCAGCAGCAACGGACGCAAAGUAGCACCAUCUCGGCAGGAGGGCCCCCCCUAGGGGCGCUCUCACGCGGAGGGGCCGCAGGCACACGCCCUAGACAACGCGGCCGUAGCAGCAGCAAGCGCUCCAUGCAGCAGCCUGAAAAACUCCCUAUUGUGGAGUCUCCUUCGUCCCCAGGUGUACCUGCAGAGACGGCUAUUCUGUUGCAGCUCGCUGCUCAGCUACAGGCCAUGACUGUCUCGCAGACAAAUGGAGAGGGGGCCCCUUAG